CUCCCGCGGGAGGCGGCGGAGCAGCGCGGAGCGCAGCGCGCCGGGGCUGCCGAGCCCCUUCCCUCCUGCCGGGACAGCGGCGGCACCAAGCAAAAUGAUGGUCCAACACUCAGGCCAGGUAUCUGCAUUAGAAGUCAGCGCCUCCGCAAUUGUUCCCACUUUGUCCCCUGCAGGGUCACUGGGGUUUGAUGAUUUCACAAAUUUAACCCCUCUGGUGAAGGAGGAACUGAGGUUUGCCAUUCAGAACAAGCGUCAGUUCCAUAGGAUGUCUUCCACUUUGGACACAGUGACUGUUUCUGAAAGGCCAGUUGAAACAUCAAUGCUGAAAACAGAGUUUUCUCCUGAAGAGGAUGAAAGAAAAAAGAGAAGAAGAGAAAGGAAUAAAAUUGCUGCAGCAAAGUGCCGAAACAAAAAGAAGGAAAAAACAGAAUGUUUGCAAAAAGAAUCGGAGAAGCUGGAGACGAUCAACGCGGAGCUGAAAGCCCAGAUUGAGGAGCUGAAGAACGAGAAGCAGCAUUUGAUAUACAUGCUCAACCUGCACAGGCCCACCUGCAUAGUCCGUGCACAGAACGGGAGGACACCUGAGGAUGAAAGAAAUCUUUUUAUUCAACAGAUCAAAGAAGGCACAUUGCAAGGUUAAGUGAUAUGGCAAGCGUGGAGAUAUUUAAAAUGUUUUUAACAGCUACCAGAAUCCGUGGGGGAGUCUGACAUAAAGUGUAGGAUUCUAUUAGUCAAGAGCCUUUAGGAAGGGCAGAUUGCUCUCAUGAGUGGAAAGAAUCAUUUUGGCUUGACAGCGAUCCUUGCCCUUGGAAGAUCUGGUCUCAAUCAAACUGAGGAGCCUUCUGCCUCCAAUGUAGGGUUUGCACCUGUCAUACUUGCUGUUCCUAGGAGCUACAGACAACAGCUUCUGAAGUUUUAGCUCUGCUAGCAUGCAGUAUGUGCACUCACAGGUUUGUGCUAGAACACUAUGACUUCCAGCCAUGCACGGGGUACAGACAGCUCUGCUGGAUGGACACUGCUCUUCCUUGUUGCUGGUAGGGAAACAGGACUGAGUAUUUUUGAAUUUCCAGGAGGAUGGUUUCUGGCAGAAUGUACUGACGUGUAAUGUUGCAUUCUAACCUAAAACACACACACACAAAACCCCCCCUGUAGUUCCAACCAAGCUUUCUCAUAUUUUUCACAACGCUCAUGUGGGUUUUUCUGUGACUCAUCUCAGUGACUGAAUUUGAAGGGUCUAGUAAGUGUGACAAAGAAAAGUUCCUUGCAGAGCAUCUAGGUAACCUAGCUUGUAUUUUAUGAGCUAUCACCCCAGAUACUACCCCCUGGGGACAAUUCAGUUUUUCCUUGAAUUGCUGAAGAGCAGCUUGUACCGUCACUUACUGACUUGGUGACUUGAGCCCACUGAAUUGGAAAGAAGGAACUAACUGUGCAUGGGGUAUUGAUAGAGGUUUUGCUCAAGUAAAGAACUGCAGGAGGGAAUCCCAGACUCCUGAGCCUUGGAAAAAAAUAUUUUUUAAAAUUCAUCUAGGAUCUAAUCUUACAUGCCUUAAUUCAUGCUAUUACCCCUCAGUCACAGAAGAGCUUCCAUGGAUGUCAGUGGGUCUGCUCAUGCAGAUAGCUCUUACAGGCAUAAGAGCUUGGCAAAGAUUUUUCCAUCCUGGUCAGGGUUACUUCCUUUUGCCAGGUGACUCAGAGGGAAAAGUUAUGAUUGUAGCUACUUUUGUUUUACAUUUGAGUGGCAACUACAGUCAAUCUAAAGUGUUACUUAGAAUCUAAAGGAGGCAAGAGUUUUGAUGUAGUUAAUAAUUGUUUAAUUUUUUUAUUAAAUACUAACCUUGGAUGUUUUUGAACUGGUAGAAGAGCUGCUGGACAAAACAGUUGGAGCUAUGAGUGUUGAAAUUCUGAUGUUUCUAUGAAAUUCUCAGAUUGUUUAUUUCUAUAAAAUAUACCCUUACAUUUUUUUUUUUGUAAAAGAAAGUAUUAUCCUUAUUUAUCACUAAUAUCAUAAUGAGUAGAGCUAAUAAAUACUGCGAGCAAGAUAAAACUGAAAA